CGCAGGUGGUGAGAUUAAAUACACGGGUUAUUUUUUAUUAAAACCUACAUCUUUACAAUUUCCUGCUAUUUCUCAUCACAGAUUUAUCUUAUAGUUUUUAUGAAAUUUUGUGUUAAUUGAUAUAAAGUCCAAGUAGCAUUUAUCAUGUGUUUAAUUUUCCUUUAAUGUAAUUACAAAGCAUGUGAUUAGUAUGAAUGAGUGUCAUUAAUUGUAGUUUUAUGAAAGUAUGGAGAACAUCUCCGUUCAUCAGAGAAGAUUUGAAGCAGCUGCUAAAGUGAUGAGGAAUUUACCUGCAAAUGGUCUGUUCGUGCCAUCUGAUGCCAUGCUGCUCACGUUUCACACCUACCACAGACAAGCCACAGUCGGACCGUGUGACACCACUGACCCCCACCACCCGGCUGCUCUGAGUAAAACCGAGUGGGCAGCCUGGAAAGCGUUAGGUGACAUGUCUAAGGAAGAAGCUAUGAAGGCGUAUGUUGAGGAGAUUCUCUUGAUUUUGGAGAUGAUUCCUGUGACGGAGGAGGUGUGCGACCUGCUGAAGGUCCUCGAACCAUUUUACGAAGUGGUGGAGGACGAGGAUGAAGAUAAAGAUGAUGACACGACCAGCAAACCUGCGAUGUCGACGUUCUCAGGAAGCAGAAGUUCUGUAGAAGAAGAAGAAGAAGAAGAAGAUGAUGAUGAUGUGGACAGAAACCACGAUGCUGCAGAUGUAACGAGGCUAACGGUGGCUAACAGAGCUGAGAGAGGAGGAUCUCCAGUGUGUAGCAGUAGCAUCUCCUCUCUCAGCAAAACCACACACAGCUCCAUAAACACCUACGAGGAAGAGGAGGAACCGGAGCACAGCCUGCAGACGAGCCGAGAUUCUCCAGAGCGCUUUCUUCAACUCCUCACUGAUGAUCGCCUUACAGAUGGCGAUGAUGUCAGUGAGCCCGAGGAGUCGAGUGAGGUGUACAGUGACCUGCACUGGGUUGCUAGGGGGCGUGGCCUAAAGCGUGUGGGCGGUGCCUGUGCGUUUGAAGCGCACAUACUUAACCCACAACCGAAAACUUUCCAUAUAAGGAUGAACAAUGAAUGCUGGCAUAAUUACUACAGUGAUUCGGAAGUUUGCGCACCCUUCCUUUCAUUUCCUGUUUUUUCUAAAUGUGAUCAGAAAAUUCUCCAGAACUUGAAUGAUUUUAAAGGAACACAUUUUUGUUACAUGUUUUACAAAUAAAAUAAAAUUAAAUCAAUGAAAAAACAACGGCACAUUUCUUGCUUUCGUUCCAUUCAAAACUGAUGGGGGGUACAAACAUUUGCUCUCGGCUGAACGCUCUGAUAUCUGGAGAGAAGAGCUGAAGAUCUUCCACGUUAAUCAUCCACUCGUGCUCUUCAGGGUCCUAGUGCUGGACAGGUUCGAAGAAUAAGGUUUAUUUAAAUAGUAUUGGAUUUUUACAUACAAUACAAAACACAAAUCAGUGUGUGUGUGUGUGUGAGAGAUUUUACAAUAUUCUCAGGAACGUGUAGGUGUUUCUGUGAUCAGGUUCCUCUAAUAAAGUUUACUUUGGUAGUCUGUUUAAAGGUUAAAUCCAGCAGUGACGCCUUGCAGAUAUUUCACUCGCUGAUGUUUUCGAUCUGAUCUGAUUCAGGGUUAUUUAUCUUCAAAAUUUCCUCAUAGGCCCCAGCGAGGAUUGAACUCGCGACCCCUGGUUUACAAGACCAGUGCUCUAACCACUGAGCUAUGGAGCCUUGCGUAGACGCUCCCGCGCUGAGGAACAUGAAGAACGUGAAGAACGUGCUUGUCUCCAGUAACUGCUUUAAACGUGUACAUAAAAGAUAAAAGCGAACGUCAUCAUGUUUUGCAUUCCAGGGUGUUCACUUCCUGUUAUUUAUAAUAACCUGGAGUUCAUCCAAAAAACACUCUUCUGAUUGGUUCAGAGCAGAAGGAAGUGAAGUUUUGUAAAAUGAUUUGAUAAACCGUCAUAUAAACCACGAAACACGUUUGAAAUCCAUUUAGUUUUCAUCCUUUACGUCUACUGUGCAGAGAUUCUCUCUUUCUCUGUUCUUUCUAUCAUUUACAUUUAUGUAUAUUAAUAUUGUUUGUUUGAAUGACAUGAAGGAAGCGAUGCUUUAAUUCAUUAAAAACGCCGCAAACUCGAUCGCCUGCAAAAAGUCCACUGAAGAUUUCCUUUGUCUUCCACACGCCCAGAAUAAUGAGUGUGUGGAUAUUAAUGCCUUAAUAAAUAUGCAUUGCUGGCAGUUUGUAUGUAAAUUAGGGGGCGGGGUCAUGCCCUGCAGCCUGAAUAAUGAGCGAAUAUAUUUAUAUUCUACACCUCGCUUUCGUAUUCCUUUAUUUUGUGAAUUAUAUUCUAAUUUGAGUUCAUGUUUGGCACUGAAGUGAGAAAGCAGUCCCUAGUCCAGGUCCAGGUUCUUUACACACAAUGAAACAGAUCCUCAUUAGCGCCUGUAAUCAUCUUCUUUUCUUCCCAGCAGUGAUGUAAGCCGGGGUGUGUGUUCA